ACAUAGCAAUUUCUAGGCACUAUAAAGGUGGGGAGGGAGCACAGAAAUCUUGUCUCAAACUGCUCACAGCAGGUUUGUGACAAAGCCACACAACUUCUCUAUUCCAUCAAUCUACAAUUUGGCAAGAUGAAUUUGCUCUUCACCGUUAUAGUCUCUGGAAUUAUUUCUCUUUCAUUUGCUGCUCAAGAUUCCAUCAGGUGGUGUGUAAUUAGCGAACAAGAACAUAGGAAAUGCAAAGAUUUGAAAAAGGCAAUGGAAGGAGAAAACUUCUCGUUUGAAUGUGUAAAGAGGAUGAAUGUUAAAGCAUGUUUGUUUGCAAUCAAGAAUGAUGCAGCAGAUGCUAUAACUGUGGAUGGCGGAGAUAUAUAUGAGGGAGGCCUCCUGUCUCAAGGACGCCUAAAGCCUAUUUUAGCUGAACAAACUACAGGAGAGACAUGCUACUAUGCUGUAGCAGUUGUAAAAGCAAGCAGUACAUUUCAGUUCAAUCAGUUGGAAGGGAAGAAAUCCUGCCACACUGGUCUAGGAAAAUCUGCUGGCUGGAUCAUCCCAAUAGGAACUCUUCUCAGCAAGUAUCCAGAUAGAUGGAAUAGAGAGGACAACAUUGAAAAAUUUGCGUCGGACUUUUUCUCUGCCAGUUGUGUCCCUGGUGCAGAUAAAGCCGUAUUCCCAAAGCUGUGUAAGCUGUGCAAAGGAAGUAAACAAGUUAACUGCCACCGAUCACAUGAUGAACCCUACUAUGAUUACACAGGAGCAUUCAAUUGUUUGAAGGAAGGUGCUGGAGAUGUGGCCUUUGUGAAACACACCACAGUCCCAGCUACUCUGAAGCAAGAUUACAGACUUCUUUGUAAGGAUGGUACCCGAAAGAACAUUGAUGAUUACAAGAAAUGUAACUGGGCAAGAGUUCCUGCUCAUGCAGUGGUGGUGAGAAGUCAUCCAGUUGAUAAUGCCAAGAAUGAGAAGAUCUGGAAAUUCCUCUCAAGAGCUCAGGAAAGAUUUGGACAAAAUAGUACUCAUAGUUUUAAGCUCUUCCAGUCAACAAAAUAUGGACACAAGAAUUUGAUGUUUAAAGAUUCAACACAAAGACUGGUUCACCUCCCUGAUGGAAUGGACUACUUGCAUUAUCUUGGCCCAAGUUAUGUGACUGCUCUAAAGGCUAUCAGGAAAGAGAGCAGUAUUACGGAUGGUGCCAAAAUACGCUGGUGUACCAUUGGCGAUGCGGAAAAAGCCAAAUGUGAUAAUUGGGCCUCAGCAGUUGACUGUGUGUCAGGUGACAAUGCUGAAGAUUGCAUCAAACAGAUCAUGUUUGGCGAUGCUGAUGCAGUGACUCUUGAUGGUGGCCAAAUUUACCUUGCAGAAAAGUGUGGUCUUGUUGCAGUUAUGUCAGAGUAUUACAACAAAAAAAAUCAUGCCCCAUGCAAAAAUGUAGCAAGUGCAGGAAGUCCGCCCUCUUACUUUGCUGUGGCCGUUGUGAAGGAUCCGAAGCUGACCUGGGGAAAACUGAAGGGGAAGAAGUCCUGUCACACAGCUGUUGGCCGCACUGCAGGGUGGAAUGUUCCCAUAGGAACCCUGGUUAGAGAGAGAAAAAUCAAUGCUUGUGACAUUUAUAAUUCAACAUUUUUCAGUGCAAGCUGUGCUCCUGGGGCUGAGAAGAUUAAUCCCAAACUGUGUUCCCUGUGUAUUGGUAUGAAAGACAAACUAGAUGUGGAAAAUAAAUGUGUCGCUAACAGCAAUGAACGCUACUUCAGCUACAGUGGAGCCUUCAGGUGCCUUGUGGAAGCAGGUGAUGUUGCUUUUGUUAAACAUACAACUGUGCCGGAGAAUACUGAUGGAAAUGGAGUACUUGCUUGGAAUCAGAAUCUACAGUCUUCCAAUUAUUAUCUGUUGUGCACAAAUAAUACUGUAGUCAGUGUCAAUCAGUAUAUGAAGUGUCACUUGGCUAAAGUCCCAGCACAUGCUGUUGUGACUCGACCAGAUAAGAGGAAUGUUGUUGUCCAACUGCUGAAAAAGGAAGAGGAGAAACAUGGUAUUAACGGGACACAGAAAAACACAUUUGAGAUGUUCAGCUCCAAGAGGUUUGGGAAAGACCUGCUUUUUAAGGAUUCCACUCAGUGCCUCAUUGAAAUUGCCAAGUCGAACAGUGACACUUUCCUGGAUAAGAACUAUGUGACAUCAUUGGAAGCACUCAAUAGCUGUAAACAUCCUGCACUCCUGGAUAUAUGUUCCUUUGAAAAGUGCUGAACCACACAGGUGUGACCUGACAAGGAUCUGGGCACCAAGUGAUCCAGAAUGCCCUUUUCCUUCCAUCAGUCUUCAUACAAUGACAUCUACAUAAUGCCGACCCAAAUCCCUUGAAUGUAUUUAUGUCAACCAUAUAUAGGAUAAGCAAUGUAUCCCAUGUAGAAAGGGAGGAAUUGGGUUUCAUUUGUGAUUCUGUAAUAAAAAAUAAAUUCUUGCUUCUUCUGUA